AUGUCAAAGAAGGGAACAUACACUACUGAGGGGCCUCCUGCUGAGGCCCCCGAAAGUAAUGCAUCAGGAGCAGUAACAGCGAAAGACUCAGGGGACCCGACAACAGCAACAGUGCAAAAACAACAGCAACAGCAGCAGGGAAAAGGCCGGAAAGUUCGGUUCCAAAAAAAUAACCCCAACAAUUUCACAUUCAAGUUAUUGCCCCUCUCUCAGCAGCAAUUGCGACAGGGACCAGCAGCAGCUGACCAGACAAAAUCGGUUCGCAUGCAGUUGCAGCGGGUCAUACCUCCCAAUGCCAGAAACAAGCCACAGCAACCCCUUCCAGAGUACCUACAGAAGCAGAUUGAUCAACAAGAAUUUGGAACUGAAACAGUCGUUCCCGAGAGAAGACCUACAGAACCGGACUUGAGCGGCGAUUGCUACUUUCCUCAAGACGGAUAUGACUACUCUCAGCACCUGGUUACAUUGGGGGGCGGCACGCUCUUGUCUCAUCCAGAAGGCAAGAAAACGAUCGCUGAGGAGGAGAAGGCUGCAGAGGCAAACAUGAGGAGGGACAAGGAAGCUAGCCAGGUUCUGGCUGCCCUAGAAGCCUGUGAUGCCUACGAGGAGAUUGCGGAUGACUUUGUCGCCGCUGCAGCUACUGACGCAGAUGGAAGACAAUGGGUGCCUGACGAGAAAGAACUGUUGUGGGGCUCGAGACCUCCGCUACUGCCGCCGGCUAUCAGCGAUCGUUUGUUUGGGGAGCCUGAAGAGAGAGAUAGCGAGGAUCUUGGGACCGAGGAGCACACCUUUGAUUAUUCAGAGGAGGAGAUAGAUACCCCAGAUAGGGACAAACGUGCAUACAAAGCCAGCGCAGACGACACGCAAGCGCAGAGGCUUGAGCAGCUGUUGGAGGAGUACCGUGACGAGUGCAUCGGCGAGCUCGACCCAGAUGAGGUGGAUGAGAGCGACUCUUUUUCUGCUUACGAGGAGUGCUUUGAUAGCUUCUUGAAAUCCCAAGAACGAACGCCCGCUUUGGACAUCUCGAAACGGGGAGAGCACCUUCAACGCCGGAGAGAUAGCAGCAGCAGUAGCAGCAGCCGCAGCAGCGCCGACAGUAGUAGCAAUUUAAAGCGGGAGGACGAUGAUUUUCGGCUUUGUGACAUUGACGAUGAACUAAGAGAGAAGACCCUUGCCCUUGCCAGACUACAAGAAGAAGAAGAGGAGAGGGCGCCUACAGUGCAUGUUGAACCGCUAUUGCCUGCUCGGGCGAGACCAUCAUGGGACGGAGAGACCAUCAUCAGCGCAAGGUCAGGGGUGUCAGUACAGCCGCGUUCCAUCAUCGUUGGUUCCUCUAGAACCACUAAACUUUCCUUGACUCCUUACCUAGCGCUAGGCGGAGGCGCCCUUGGUGCUAAGGAGCCUCAGGGGCCCCGACGCGCACAGCUGCCUCCAACCCUUGAGGAGACGGGAACAACUGUCUCUACUUAUCGGCCUCGCGGGGAAACAACCGAGGAAAGGAAAGUACGCAAGGCUGCUGUGAAGGAGGCCCAGCGCCUACUGAGAGCAAACAAAAAAGCCAACAAACAGCUGCUGAAGGUACCAGCUCUUGUUGCUGCUGUGACGCACUAA